AUGCGCACGCACUCCAUUGCGACUAUGGGUGCCGAUGGCAUUGGCCCUGAAGUUAUCAAUGCCGGCGUACAAGUAUUGAAGAAGCUGGCACAACUUGACGGCACAUUCGGACUACAAUUCGAAGACUACGACUGGAGUUCUGAGACGUACAAGAAGACAGGCCAAUACAUUCCUGAUGAGGGGUUAGAGAAGCUCAAGAAGCAUGAUGCGAUCCUAUUUGGUGCUGUAGGUGCCCCGGAUGUACCUGACCACAUUUCUCUCUGGGGCUUGCGGCUCGCGAUUUGCCAGACCUUCCAGCAAUAUGCCAAUGUGCGACCGACCAAGAUCUUCCGGGGAACAUCAUCGCCUUUGCGCAACGCAGAGCAUGGCGAUCUAGACUGGGUGAUUGUACGAGAGAAUUCUGAAGGUGAAUAUGCAGGCCAAGGAGGCCGGUCGCACAGAGGCCAGAAGUGGGAGACUGCUACGGAAGUCUCAAUAUUCACCCGCCAUGGGGUGGAACGACUUCUACGCUUCGCCUUCGAAACAGCCCAAAGCAGGCCGAGGAAACAGAUCACAGUCGUUACUAAAAGCAACGCGCAGCGCAACGGGAUGGUUAUGUGGGAUGAGAUUGCCGCUGAAGUUGCGAAAGACUUUCCUGAUGUCAAGUGCGACAAGAUGCUCGUCGAUGCCAUGACGUGCCGGAUGGUACUUGAUCCGAAAUCUUUGGAUACGAUUGUUGCAACAAAUUUGCAUGCGGAUAUUCUUUCCGAUCUCGCAGCCGCACUGGCAGGCUCCAUUGGCAUCGCCCCUACCAGCAACCUGGACCCCACACGCCAGCAUCCGUCCAUGUUCGAACCGAUUCAUGGCUCGGCUUUCGACAUUACCGGCAAGGGUGUCGCAAACCCCGUCGGAACCUUUUGGACAGCGUCUGAGAUGCUAGCAUGGCUAGGCGAGGAGCAAGCGGCAAAGAGAUUGAUGGAAAGCGUGGAAGCCAUCACGGAGCGAGGCAUUGCCACGCGCGACCUGGGAGGCAAGGCGUCGACAAAGGAGGUUACUGACGCGGUCUGCGCUGAGCUAGAAAGCAUCUACGGCAAGAUUACCAUGCCUCUGGGUAUACUCCAAGACUACAAGCUCGAACAUGUCCCUGGGACAGCUCCGUUAAGCGAGCUUGGUCGCAUUGAUCUCGAGAUCACGAACGAUGUUGAUCGCGGGCUGCUGAAGCAUGAUCCUACUGGGCAGAUUGUGCUGGUGCCGCAGCCUUCUGAUUCGCCGAACGACCCCUACAAUUGGCCAAGAUGGAAGAAGGAGAUGUUCACCGUCGUUAUCGCAUAUGGAUGCGGCGCUGUAGGAGCUGUCGGUCCGUUGCUCACACCAGCUUUCGUGCCCCUGGCGGAACAAUUCAACGUCCCAUUACAAAGGUUCACUCUGGGUUGCAAUGGAUCCUGCAUCGUCGCCAUCGCAGUGGGUAGUCUGAUUUGCAACACCCUAGCCGUCAAAAUCGGACGACGACCAAUCUACCUCGCAACCACGGUUGGCCUGGCGGUGUCCUGUUUCUGGGCUGCGGAAGCUACCAGCUUUCCUUCUCUGGCGGCAGCCCGAGCGGUCCAAGGUCUUUGCAUGGCACCGUUCGAAGCACUCAUCCCAGCAUCCGUCGGAGACAUCUGGCACGUUCAUGAGCGCGGAUUCCGAAUGGCCAUCUUCAACCUUGGUGUCCUCGGUGGUAUCAACCUAGCGAGUCCAAUCGCUGGAUCCGUCAUCCAAUACGGCUCUCACCGCAUCGCAUUGCACGCCAUGGGCGGUGCGUUUGUCAUCAUGCUCAUCCUCAUCAUCUUCUUCAUGCCCGAGUCCGCCUACCACCGCCACGACGUCAUCAACAUCGACACGAGCUCCAAGAAUGUGGAAAGUGACGCGGUUGAGAAGGAGAAGUCCGCCGAGCGCGUCGAAGACUAUGCGGUCCAGUCGUCCGUCUCUUCCGAAGCCCCAUACCCUUACGUCAAGACCCUCAUGCCAUGGUCUGGUUACUGGGACCAUGUCUCCUUCUGGCGCACAUUUCUACGCCCCUUUGUGGUGAUCAUGAGCCCGGUAGUCAUGUGGGCGACUUUGCUCUUCACCAUCUGCGUAUCCUGGCUUGUCUUGAUCUCCAUCACGUUGUCGCAGAUCUUUUCCGCGCCACCAUACAGUUUCUCCGUGAGCGCGGUUGGCGCAACGAACCUGUCCUCGUUCGUGGCGUCGUUGUUGGCCACGCUGGUAGCCGGUCCGAUCAUCGAUGGUGUGGCGAAAUGGAUGUCGACACGCAACAAGGGUACUUUCGAACCCGAGUUCCGUCUCCCUGUAAUGAUAACCUACCUGAUCUUUACCGCAACCGGCUUCUUUGCUUGGGGCCAAUCACUCCACAAUCGCGACCCGUGGCCCAUCCCGGUCAUCGUCUGCAUGGGUCUGAUCAACCUGGGUGUUCAGCUGGGAACUACCGCCGUCGUAACCUACGUCUCCGACUGCCAUCGCGAGCAGGCCGCUGAAGCCUUUGCCAUCAUGAACUUUGUCAAGAACCUUUUCGCCUUCGGCCUGACGUUCUACGCCAAUGACUGGAUCGCGGUACAGGGUGUGAGGGACGCGUUUUAUGUCAUUGGUGGAACCACUGUCGCUGUCACGCUUUGCACGAUUCCAAUGUACAUCUACGGCAAGCGUGCGAGAAGUUGGGUGAAGAGAUGCGGAGUACUUGAUAGCGUUCUUAAAGCCGAGUAG